UGCAUAUGUCUGACUAGUACAAAGUUCUUUUUCCCCAUCUUCUGAAACGCACCACAUGCAUGAUAACAUCUUUAGUCACAUCCCUGUUGGUCUUAUCCUGGUUUUUGACGGCCAUUUCGGGACGUGGAGUGUAUAAUCUGCUCAAAUCGCAGAUUCAUGAACAUAGCCGACAAGCUGAUCAUUGCACCUCAUUGAGAUCCAGUCAUCAAAUUCACGCUACAUUUCCGUCCAAACGUCAUGACAAAUAACAAAAUUUGCAGGUCAAUGAUUCGCAUAGUUCUGCCUAUUAUUAGAACGGGCUCUUAUGCCAUUGAUCAGGAAUGUGAUAUCACUUAUCCAAUUCCGCGUUACAUGUGAGUGAGGAUAGAUGGUGGGGCGGCCGUGCUUGUCUUAUUUAAGUGCAUUUAUACGGGGAUUUUUCUUCCUCCACACUCAUUCCUUUCGAUGACGACCUCUGUGAAUGCUACCCUAGAGCAGCAAACCCCGACAACGGACGGAUUUAGUCUUCCUGUCUCUUUAAUGUCUUCUACUGACAAAAGAAGUUCUUCUUUACCAACUGAUGACCUGGUGGAUGAGGCGGAGGAACAGUUCUCAUGGACAACGGCCAUCUUUCAUCGAAAGCAGAUGGUACCCUCUGAUCCUGACGCAAUCGCGACCAGACGCUCUGUUUUUGAUGAUCGUGACCUUGCGCCACACUAUUGGCCCAAGAAGGAAUACGAGAAUCUCCACAGAUUCGAUCCAACCGCUCGUUGGACGUACAGGGAGGAAAAGGCCCUGGUCCGCAAGUUGGAUUGGAAGAUUAUGCUUAUGGCAGCUAUAGGAUUUUCCGCCUUGAACUUGGACAGGAGCAACAUCAACCAGGCAAACUCAGACAGUUUUUUGCAGGAUCUUGGAUUGACUACAGACGACUUCAACCUCGGAAAUACCGUAUUCUUGUUGGCAUUCUUAUGCGCAGAACUACCGUCACAACUUGUCUCGAAGCGAGUUGGCCCCGAUCACUGGAUACCAACGCAAAUCUGCCUCUGGAGUUUCGUGUCUCUGUCACAAUUCUGGCUGACCAGUAGGACCUCGUUCCUGGUCUGCCGAGCGCUUCUUGGCGCCUUGCAGGGCGGUUAUAUCCCUGACCUGAUAUUGUAUCUAUCUUAUUUUUACACGAAGACAGAGCUACCCAUGCGCCUCGCCCUGUUCUGGAUGUCUUUGAACUUCUGCGGCAUCGUUGCUAGUUUUCUAGCCUAUGGCACGCUUCACAUGGAUGGUGUCGCUGGCGCUGCUGGAUGGAGGUGGCUGUUCAUGAUUGAGGGAAUCCUCACUCUACUUAUAGGAUUUUUCAGUUUUUUCAACAUGCCUCCAUCGCCAACGCAGACCAAAACAUGGUUCCGGCCAAAUGGUUGGUUCACGGAAAGAGAAGAAAUCAUUAUUGUCAACCGAGUACUUCGAGAUGAUCCUAGUAAGGGUGACAUGCACAACCGUGAGGGCCUUACAUUUCGUCGUCUGUGGACAGCAGUGUGUGAUUAUGACCUAUGGCCAAUUUACAUCCUUGGCCUCAUGUUUGGCAUCCCGAACACCCCCCCUGCGACAUAUCUCACUUUACUACUUACGGACAUUGGAUUCAAUACAUUUGAUACCAAUCUCCUUACGAUACCCUAUCAGGCUCUCGGAAUUGUCACCAUGUUUUUGAUCACGCUUGUCUCAGAGUUCGUCAACGAGCGUUCUAUUGUGUCGAUGAUAGAGGACGUCUGGACGUUGCCUUUCCUUGUUGCACUCUAUGCGUUGCCCAGCAACCCUAAUCCUUGGAUAUUUUUUGCUGUGGUGACUGGUCUGUUGUCAUAUCCCUACACCCAUGCAAUCCAGGUGGCGUGGUGCUCUCGUAAUGCCGGGGCAGUGGCAAGUCGAACAGUCAACGCGUCGUUAUACAACAUGUUUGUGCAAGCCAGCGGGAUCAUAUCCGCACAGAUCUACGUAGCUAGCGAGGCUCCCAGAUAUCAACGCGGUAACAUGAUCCUCAUCAUCAUAUGCAUCGUCAACAUCUGUAUUCUGUACCCAGGCACGAAGGCAUAUUACAUCUGGCGCAACCGACAACGAGCCAAGAUUUGGGAUGCGAUGACGACAGAGGAACGUGUACACUAUCUGAGUACAACCAAGGAUGUUGCGAACAGAAGACUCGAUUUCCGUUUUGCGCAUUGAUGAUAUGUUCAAUUAUGCAGAAUUAAUCAAUGCUGUGUUCGACUUGCGAGUCUUGAGAACACGAGAUAGGAGGAGCGCAAUGCCCUCGUAGUUGAGCUCGAAGUGUC